AUGCCUGUCCGUGUUGCGGAGACUGUAGAGGAGCUACGUGCCAACGCUCACAAUCAUUAUGAAACGGCAAAGUUGGAGUUUCCAUUUAACAAUUUUCGGAAUUGGAGAAAGGUGGCUCAUUCGACAGCAUAUAUUUUUCGGUUUAUCAGAAACACCCGUCCCAAUGGGUUCUCUCGAAUGGAUGGUGGUCUGACAAUGGAUGAAAUCCAACAUGCAGAGAACUUCCAUAUUCGCACCGCCCAGCAAGAUACGUUUCAGGAGGAGAUAUCAAUUCUUCGUCGCAAAGGAAACGACGCUGCGCUUCCCAAACGAAGCCCUUUGUUCAAAUUGGUUCCCUUCCUUGACGAUCAAGGAAUACUACGCAUGAAAGGCAGGACAGGAGCAUGCAAGUACGUUUCACUGGACGCAGUUAAUCCCAUCAUUCUUCCGCGUGAUCACCCGAUAACGCACAUUAUCAUACGGACUUACCACGACAAAUUUCAUCACCACAACCACGAAUCGGUGAUCAACGAGGUUCGUCAAAAGUUCUGCGUUGCACGGCUCCGUCAGAUGUAUGCCAAAGUUAGAUCCGAUUGCCCGCGGUGCAAAUUGAGAGAUGCUGGUCCUAACCCUCCAGCAAUGGCAGAUCUCCCUGCAUGCCGACUAGCCGCGUACAGCUGUCCAUUCACACACACCGGCAUAGAUUAUUUUGGUCCAAUGGAAGUAUCAGUAGGUAGAAGGGUCGAGAAGCGGUGA